UUGCCAACUUAUCAUCUUCAACAGCGUGAUCUAUCGCGAUCCAAGUCGAGAGUUGAACGUAGAAAGCAACUAUGGAGAUCAGCAUUGCCGUCUCGAUUGUGAUCCUCACAUACUUGUCCAUCGUGAUCGGCCGUUGGGCCUUCAACCGGUACCACCGACUGCGAUUGUUCAAGAGAUAUGGCAUUCCUGGACCGGAACCUUCUUUCUUGUCCGGCAACAUGAACACCCUCAAAUCAGAGCCCACGCCGAACGGUAUCAUUACUGGAUGGCUGCAAAAAUACGGGAAUGUCUUCGGGUAUUACAUUGGAGAAUUCCCGUAUUUAGUCGUCAACGAUCUGGAUAUGCUGAAACAGGUUAUGAUCAAAGAUUUUCAACACUUCACCAAUCGACCUGAGAUGUUUCUGGACAUAAGCCCUCUAAACAAGACUGUCCUUGCCCUGAAGGACAAGCGCUGGAAAGAAGUUCGAUCUAUUCUAACUCCGACUUUCAGUUCCGCCAAAAUCAGGCUCAUGACUCAGAUCGUCAAUAAAAAGGUCGAUGUAACUUUGAAGGAGGUGGGCAAGCACUCCGAGAAGAAAGAGAUGUUCGACAUGUACGAAUUGGUGCAAGGUCUGACCCUUGAUGUCAUUGCUGACUGCGCUCUUGCCAUGCAGACCAGCUGUCAAGAAAACCCGAAGGAUACCUUCCUCAUUGCAGUGCGUGACUUCUUCCGAUAUGCUCAUAACAGAGCGGUGGAAUACGCAAUUAUGUUUCCCUUCGUGGCAAGUAUUAUGACCUUCAUUAGCAAUUAUAUGACUUCUGGCCAGAUGACGUCAAUUAUCGUGGACAAUGUCGAGGCAGCCAUAAAAGCGAGAAGGGCUAAUCCGAAUCUCAAGACAAUUGACAUUCUGCAACUAAUGCUGGACCACGGACAGGACGAUCCAAAAGGUAGCGCCAGUCGACUAAGCGACAUCGAGAUUGUUGCCAAUGCCUAUAUCUUCUUACUGGCUGGCUAUGAGACUACAGCAACGGCAUUGGCGUUUACAUUUUACCUGUUGAUCAAGCAUCCAGAAAUCCAGGAGCGUCUGUACCAAGAAAUCGAUGCAGUCGAAGACGUCGAUUACCAAAGUUUGCAGAAUCUCCAAUAUCUGGACCAAGUCUUCAGUGAAUCCCUCAGACUUUACCCUCCAGUGACUGGUUUCGUCGUCCGAAAAUGUUCGCAGGAUACCCAAGUUGGAAGUUACACCAUCCCGAAAAAUGCUGUCGUCCAGGCACCUGUCUGGGACAUUCACCACGACCCAGAACUGUGGGAAGAUCCCUGGACAUUCAAUCCCGAACGCUUCUCACCCGAGAAUAAAGCCUCCAUCAAGAGCUUUUCCUUCUUACCAUUUGGAUCAGGACCUAGGAACUGUAUCGGAGCAAGAUUUGCACAACUUGAAGCAAAACUCACCUUGUUUCGUCUGUGCAAGAAGUUCCGUUUUGAAGCAUGUGAACGGACAGAUGACCCUUUGCCUUUAAUUUGUCCUACAGUCAUUAUUAAUCCUGAAAAUGGCAUCUACCUUAGAGCAGUGCCCAGAAGUUAGGUUUUACGAAGAAUGCAAUUUUAGCCAACUCAUUCAGAGUCCUAAAUAUAAUAAAUAAGCCUAAUUUUAAGCUCCCUCCCCACACACACAGAAAGAAAUCAAGCUAGUUAUAAAACACUUGAUUACACAGUAAAAUAAACAUGGGCCUUCUAUUAAACCCUCCAAACUAGCACUAACAACUGUAAUGGGCAUAUAAUGAAUGGAAAGUACGAAAUAUUUUUAUAUUUUGAUUGUUAUGCUAUAAAAUAUGUAAUCACUGACUAUACCGUAUUAGAAAUAACUGGAAUUUAAUCUAACGUGCUAGCAUUUUAACAAUUAUUUACAAAAAAGAGUAAUACUUAAUACAAAAUGAAAUAAAAAAAAACUAAAUUAUGCAGCAAAAGCUUAGUUUACAGCACCCUUAUAUUUAAGCGUCCAGGCCAAACACCCCAGUUACCCCCGGGUCAAUCUAUGUCAAAUCAUCUGGGCCAUGCCACCCACCAUUUCCGAUUUUGUUCAAAUUUGGUGCACUUGUAGAUUUUUUGAUGCUGAUUAUGAAAAUAUAAAUUAUUUUGAGAUUUAUGAAGGGUUUGAAAAGUUAAAUGCCUAAGUGUAUGCCAAGGUGAUUUUUUUGCCACCAUUUUAAUUGACACGUAGACUGGUAUAAACGGCUAUAACUCAUUAACAAGUUACAGUAAAAUCUGUCUACAACGAUACUGUUGGGACCUAAAAAAAUAGUUAUAGACAGGUUAUCGUUAUAGGCAGUUGGAUUGUGCGUGCUGAAAUUUUGUUGAGACCGAGGAAAAUAUUGUUAUAGACAGGUUUAUUGUUGUAGACAGUAUUGUUAUACACAGGUUUCACCAGGUUAUCGUUAUCGACAGCUUGAUUGUGCAUGCUGAAAUUUUGCUGGGACCGAGGAAAAUAUCGUUAUAGACAGGUCUCACUGUAUCACAGAGUUUUGAAAUUUUUUAAAUUUUGUUCAGUAUGAUGUAAACUUGAAUUUAAACUGGGUUGAAAUUGUAUAACUCAAUUAAAAUUUUUUUCUGUUUUACUUUUAAUUUUUUGACUCUAAAAUGGAGUAACUUUGACUGAAAUUUACUCAAAGUAUACCCCCUUUGAUUCUAACCAAAUUUUGUGCACAGGUACCUACCUCUAAGUGUGUUAACACCUCUAGUAAAAAAGAAAUCUCGGGGCAGUCGUUUAAAACAGAUUUUUUUUAUUUUCAGUCAAAAAAAUGCGAUUCCUUUUAAAAAUAAAGUUUAUCUAACUGUGUUUUCCCUAAAAUGAAAGCGAACACGUGUAAAAGAAGCCACAACAUGAGAAUUUAGGUGUGUAAAAAUAAGUACAAACAUCAGAAUAAGUUAAGAUUAUCUAUCAGUAAAGGUAUUUACUACUUUGACUUAAAGUACACACCGAAAAUAUUAAAUUUUUGUCCGAAACUAUUAAAAGUAUGUUACAAAAUGUGUAUGAAUUACGUUAUUAAUAAAUCAACUUCAAAUUAUAAUUAACAUGAAAUAUUACUCCAUGUAUUUAGACUUACCUCAGCUGAUUUAUUUGCAAGUCCAUAAGGGUUAACAUCAAAGAGUGUUGCAUAAAUUCUGUUUCGUGUGAAGUGUAAGAUAAUUGCAAAAAUUAUUUUCUUGCACUGUAUUUUAUGAAGUGAUCAACAUCUUUACGAGUUACUUUAUUGUUGAAAAAAUUUAAAAUAGUGAUCGCAGAUUAUACAUAUAUUACAUAAAAAGCAGCAGGAAUUUAUAACUUUUUGUUCCUUAUAUAUAGACUAGUUUCCAAAAUUAGAAUUUUCGACUUUUAGACGC